AUGAAGUUCCUCGCUGUUGCCUCUCUCCUCGCUGCCACCGCUCUGGCUCUUCCCGGCGGAGCUCCCUCCGUCCACCCUGUGUUCGACAACGCCAACGAGUACACUCUGGAGCAGGCGCAGAACAAGUGCGGUGAGAAGACCACUCUGUCUUGCUGCAACCAUGUCUCCAAGGUCGGCGACACCAAGUCCUUCAACUACGGCGCCCUGAACGGCCUGCUCGGCAACACCCUCAGUGGCCCUGAGGGUGUCGGUAUCCUGUCUGGCUGCCAGAAGAUCUCGGUCACCGGCCUUCUCGGUCUCAGCGAUUUGCUCAACAAGCAAUGCCAGCAGAACGUUGCUUGCUGCCAGGAUUCCGAUACCACUGCCACUGGCGGUCUCGUCAACGUUGCUCUGCCCUGCGUUGCUCUCGGCUCCAUCAUCUAA